AUGGCACGUGAGACUGAUCCGAAGAAAAGAGUCGUGAUUACGGGAAUGGGGUUAUGUUCUGUGUUUGGUAACGACUACACCGCAUACUACGAUAAGCUUCUUUCUGGACAAAGUGGCGUUGCGCCGAUCGAUCGAUUCGAUACGAGUGACUUUCCAACGAAAUUCGCUGCACAAAUUCGCAAUUUCGACAGCGAGGGUUACAUCGACAAGAAAAACGAUAGACGACUUGACGACUGUCUUCGUUAUGCUCUCGUGUCUGGUAACAAAGCUUUGGAAGAUGCAGGUCUGGAUGCUGCCGCACUCGAAAACCUCGAUAAACAACGCGUCGGUGUUCUCGUUGGCAGCGGUAUGGGUGGCCUCACUGUUUUCCAGGAUGGUGUGAAAGCACUCGUGGAGAAGGGGCCGAAGAAGAUAACUCCAUUUUUCAUUCCUUAUGCCAUCACAAACAUGGGCGGUGCAAUGCUUGCUAUUGAAAAAGGUUUUAUGGGACCGAAUUAUUCUAUCUCGACCGCCUGCGCAACGGCAAAUUACGCCUUUCACGCGGCAGCCAAUCACAUCAGGAACGGCGACGCAGAAAUCAUGAUCGCCGGUGGCUCUGAAGCACCCAUCAUUCCUGUUGGUCUGGGUGGUUUCGUCGCUUGUCGAGCUCUCAGCCAAAAUAAUGAUGAUCCGGAGGGGGCCUCUCGACCCUGGGACAAGUCUAGAGAUGGAUUCGUGAUGGGUGAAGGUGCUGGUGUCCUCAUCAUGGAGACGUUGGAAAGCGCAAAGAAGCGUGGUGCUCGCAUCCACGCAGAGUAUCUUGGUGGAGCCAUCACCUGUGACGCGCAUCAUAUGACUGAUCCACGAGCCGAUGGUCUUGGAGUAUCCACGUGCAUAGAGCUUUCCAUCAAGGAUGCUGGUAUCUCCGUGUCAGAUAUAAACUACAUCAACGCACACGCCACCUCAACUCUUGUCGGCGACGUCGCAGAAGUCAACGCUGUUCGCAAGGUAUUCAAAGACGUACAAAAUGUCAAAAUGAAUGCAACCAAAUCAAUGAUCGGACAUUGUCUCGGUGCUGCAGGGGGGAUGGAAGCCAUCGCUUGUAUCAUGGCGAUAAAGACUGGCAUGCUGCAUCCGACUCUGAACCAAAACGAACUGGAACCGAUAGUUGAAGGGAUCGAUACGUGUGCAAACGAAAAGAAGGCGCACACGGUUACCGCCGCCAUUAGUAAUUCCUUUGGUUUCGGUGGCCACAAUUCUUGCGUUAUAUUUGCACCCUUUGAAGACUAA